AGCAGAGGAUCCAUCCAGAAAUUCUCCCGAUACACUGUGUCCGCCCCUCUCCCACCAGCGAUGUUCCAGGUUUGCAUUCCAUCCAUAGGGCAGGAACCCACCGGACAGUCCGACAAACUGCACACGGUCUUCAGGGUCGAAGUCUUCAUCAAUGGCAGAAAGCACUUCAUUGAGCGGCGAUACAGAGACUUUCAGGCUCUCCAUAAGAAGCUAAAAAAGACAACCAAGCCACCCGAUUUCCCUCCUAAGCGAGGACUCAAUCGAAGGCCGAAGGCUCUGGAGCACAAGAGACAUGGACUAGAGGUGUAUAUACAGGGUGUGGUGCGGGAGAAUGAGAAGCUACCCAGAGAGGUGCUUGAGUUCCUGAACAUUAAGAACAUCCCAUCUCUGAGCAAAAAGACCAGUUUGGAUUCUCUGGACGACAAUUUUGAUCUGCACUCCUGCAGAUGUUUCCGACAGCAGGUGGUCACUUUCACCAGGGAUAUGUUUGCUCAGCCGACUACCUCAGAUCUGCUCCCCAAUGUGGUUGUUGAAGGUGUUAUGCUGGGACUCUAUCUGCCAGAGAACGAUUCACCGAUGCUUGAUGAGGCAGACUCUGCUGAACCAGAAGCAAGCCUCUAUUUCUUAGGCCCAGAGAGCAUCAUGGUGUGACAGCACUUUGCUGACUUUCUUAUUCCUCACUUUCAGACGAGCCAACCCUUUGCUAAAUGCAUUUAAUUCUUAUCUUGUGCUUGUAUGGAUUCCGUCACAGCCAAGGCUAUGUGAAAGAACAAGGUACCCCUUCAACGCUAGCAUACCUUGCUAUGACUAUGCCAUUGCCAGGUGAAGAAGCAUCAAGUUUAAGCCAUAUCACUUGGAAUCGGCAUAACUUGGAUGAUCAAUCAGGUCAGUCCAUAUGCCAGUUCUGUGGGUAGAGCUAACAUUACUCAUUCCUAGAGAAUCCAACCUCCAGUAAAUGCUUUCAUUCAUAAUGGAGGCUCCAUUCAUAAAAUGUAACAUUGAUUGCAUUGUACCUUUUAUCGUUGCCACAUGCUGUUUAGAAUAAAAAUGCUAAAAAGGUA